AUGAAAAAGAAUCUUGCACCAUCAUUAACAACAUCAACAAAAACAAAACGUUCACUUUAUCGAAGAAAACUUCAAUGUCAAGAGAGAAUUAUUGAACAAUCAACAUCAUGUUUUUCAACAGCAACAACAUUAAUGCCACCCCAUUCAACAACUUACAUUAUUCGACGAAUGUCUCCAAAAAUUUCUUCUGACGAUUCUGAAGAAAUACAGAUUACUUUUGUUUUGUCGAAUAGAAAAGGCAUUAUUUUAUGUGAACUUAUGGAUCAACAUGACAUGGAAUUAAAAUCUGUUGGUAAACUGGGUAUGGUCAAACGAAAACAAUUUCUUCAAAAAAGAGAUAUUAGUCGAUCGCAUGAGACAUAA